AUGGGAAAAACUGAUUUCAAUCGGCGGUUUCUGAAGUUGAGGAAGUGGGGAGUAAUUAAUUUGGGAGUUAGAAGAGUGGUGAUUCCCGGAAUAUUCCCGAUCGGGUGUCUCCCGAUUUACAAAACGCUAUUCCAAAGCAAUGUCUCGACAAACUACGACGAAAAUCAAUGUCUCAAUCAACUCAACGAUUUAGCGAAAAACCACAACGAACAACUGCAAGAAGGCAUUAACGGGCUCAUGCGAGAGAAUCCGAAUGCAGUACUAGUUUACGGAGAUUACUACCAAGCUUAUAAACACCUCCACCGGAUCGCCACAUUGAACGAUUUCGACACGGAAAGAGCUUGUUGCGGGAUCGGAGGCGACUACAACUUCAACGUAACGACAAUGUGUGGUCUUGGCGGCGUCAAUAAUUUCAUGGGUCGUAAUAGGUACAUUAGCUGGGACGGGAUUAAUUUGACGAGAAUCGGAAACAAGAUUAUGGUGAAUUGGUUGAUCCGGAAAAUUGUGCCGAGGCUUCAAUGCCAAUCCUGA